UUUUUUUUGUAUAAAAAGCUUUUAUUGACUUUUUUGACGGUCCCGUUCAGUAUCGACUUACAGGUCGCCAUGUUUACCUUAAAAUAUUUGUUUUUCUUCGCCGCCUUCCUUGGGUGUUUCUACGUUUGCACCGCCGAUGAUGCAGAGCAAGCGGCUGCCAUUUUCACGGUCGUGAAAAGCGAUGGUGAAGUAAAAGAUCUUCUCGGUACUGUCAAUACCCGUGCGACUACGAUCCUUACAAAAUUACAGGAUUUCUUUGGCACUCAUUCAGGGGUGGUAUCCAAUAUGAUCACAGAUGCCAAUACCUUUAAAGAAGAGAUAAUAACGGCCAUUCAACAUUUCUACUCUUCUGCGCCGCCAUUAAUAGCCCGCGUGCUGGCCGUUCCCGUCCAUAUGGUCAUUAAAUUGUUGAAGUUGAGCUUGUUCGUCGCGACCGCCAUCGGCUAUGCCGCCCUUAAGUUCCCAAAAUUGGUGUUCGGUAUACCGCUCAAUCUCAUCAGACAAAUACAUAAAUACAUAUUUUAAACACCACAACGUUACUUAUAUUCCAGUUGAAAUGCGUACAAGUCGUUAAGAGGGAAAUAAAGCACUUUUUAAUUAUUUUA